UAACAUAGCUCUCAUGAAAAGCCAACUCAGCUGAAAGUGAACCCAUUUUUAUACACAAAAAAUUAGUAGCUGCAGCGAAAUAAGUUACUUUCACCUGUCCACUGAGCCCCAAGACAAUGCAAAAUGAGGCUGGUCAACGAGAAAGCGAAAAUGCAGCCCCAGCUGAGUGACUUGGCCCUGUUUGCGGCCCUGGCGAUCUGCUGUCUUCCAACUUUGACGUGGGCCGCUCUCUCCGACAAGCGACUGUGCGCCGACCCGAAAUGUGAACAAAUCAUCUCGACGGGCAUUGCCAAAAUCAGCUAUGCCACCGGCGGCGAUGGGCUGAUAUCCUUCAAGAUCAACUCCCCCAUCCGCGUCUUGUCCAAGAGCGCCGGCUCCAACAUGCAGCUGUGGGGCGUCGACAUUAACGGGCGGCGCGGCUAUGCCAACAAGGACUUCAUCAUGGAGAAGAAGGUCCUGAUACGUGAUAAGGACCUGAAGUUUGAGGUGCCAGUGCCGGGACCAGGCAGUCCAACAGUACAGGCCGUGGAGACGCCGCUGCAGCCCGUUCUCAAUGCCUCUGAGUCAGCAGAUGACUUGGCAACGACCACAACGUCACCACUCGACGUUACCGUGGAUUCAAUAGUGGUGGAGCAGGACAAACUGAAGGAUCAGCAGGUUCCUGAUGCUACGGCCUCUUCCAAAGCCCCGGUGCAGCUGGUGGAAGGCACUGUGCUGCCCCUGGAGGUGCUCCCAGCUGUCACCGAAACCACCACUGUUCCAGAGAAGACAGAGGAGCCCCAAGAGGCAACGAAAUCUGAAUCCGCCUCGGCAGCUGUUGACACGAAAGAGCCGCAGGCGUCCACUUCUGAGUCCAGUAAACUGCAGGAAGUAUCUACGGAAGAUCUGCCUGCCGUCGAAGCUCAGAAGCCAAGUCCACUGCCGCAAGCCAUCAACGCUGAACUUGAAGACACUGAGGAUUUCGACUACGGGGAUGACGAGGCAGGCGAAGACGACAACGACGACGAUGACGACUUCAAACAAGGUACUGAAGAUAACAAAUCGAUCACAGAAAAAGCGAACGAUAAGAAGUCAAUUAACGAAUCGAUUGAACUGAACCCGCUUUCGGUUGAGCAAAAGAACGCAACUGAUCAAUUGGAUGGCGCCAAAGAAGAGGCUGAGGCCAAGCAGGUUGAAGUGGAGGUGCCGGCGAAGGAAGAAGUUAAACCCUUGGUUCCAGUUAUCCCUGAAAGCCCUUUGCCCACUGAGUCACUAAAUGAGGCGACAACGGAAAAACAGACGGAGGUGAAAGAAACUCCCAAGGCGGAACAGGAUGCAGUCGUGGAAUCAAAGCCUUUAGAUCCUGUGUCAGUGGGGGAUAUUACAGAAAAGGUGGCUGAGACACCGCUUCCGAUUGUUAAAGAUGAAGUUAAAGAGGAAACAGCUGCGCUUUCACCUGUAAUCCAAGCUGAGCCUGCCAAAGAUAACACUGCUGACCCCGUUGUAGCUCAAUCUGAGGAGGGAGCGCAAUCUGACUCAGUGACCAGUUCAACUGCUUCUCCCAUCGAAGAGGCUCCCUCAAAUGCGGAACCUGUUGGCCUGCCGCCUCUUUUUGAGAAGAAGAACUUUGAGAAUCCCAAUGAUUACUACAAGCAAUUGCAGGAGCAGCAGCAGAAGCAAAAAUUAAUUGCAGAAGCGGAGCUGCAGAAGAAAUUGCAAGAAGAUGAGGAGCAGCAAAAGAAGUUACAGGAGGAAGCGGAUCAGCAAAAGAGGUUACUAGAGGAAGCAGAGCAGCAGAAAAGGUUACAAGAGGAAGCAGAGCAGCUGAAAAGGUUACAGGAGGAAGCAGAGCAGCAGAAAAGGUUACAAGAAGAAACAGAGCAGCAGAAAAGAUUGCAAGAGCUAGCAGAACAGGAGCAGCGAUCAAGCGAGGAGGCAGAACAGCAACUGCGGGUUCCGGAAGCCGACCUGCAGCAGCUUAAUGAUUCAGUGGAUACACCGUCCAACGAAGUGUUCAAUAACCCGAAUGACUACUACAAGGACCAGCAGACAGAGCAGCAUCACCACCACCAGCACCAUCAUCACACCACAGAAAGUGCCUAUAAUAACCCAUCAAGUGCCGAGCAAACUACUCCAACACCUGACGCGGAGUCACCUUACGGUGCAGUCCACGAGGAGUCCACACAGGCAUCUCCGACAGACUUCAAGCGCGCGGGAGUUGGUUCCGUGGAGCCAGUUGCUCUGCCCGCGACAUCUAGUCCUGCUUCAGAGGUACCCGCCAAGGAGGAUGGCGUGGGCGGUGGUCUCUUUGCCACUAUUGUGGACACCGUGAACAAUUUUAUCGGAAAGGAGCCACAGGCUGGUCCAUCAGAUAACAGCGAUGAGCUGCAACGAAUUCUCUAUCCAGGCAUGGCUGAGGUGGCAUCAUCUCAAAAGAAACCAGAAGAGGCUGCUCCUGUCGAUGUGGAUGGUUACUGUGUUCGGUAUCAAACCAGCGAUGAGCACUGCCAUCGCUCCAUAUCUCUUGAUAACUUUGCGGAAGUAAUGGCCGCGAAGCUGGUGGACAACAGCCGACUCUCGAUGUGUUUAGUUAUUGCGGCUGCUUCCUCCCUGUUCUUUAUUUUUGUCUACUACUGCUUCUGCAACAGUAGUCAGGAGGGAGAACUUCUUGCAAAACUGAACCACUUGGAGCGCAGUCUACUGGUCUCCCAACAGGAGAACCUGAUUAUUAAGCAGGAGCUGACGACCACGCGAACCAAGUUGGCCAGCAUUGAGGACAACUCCUUUGGCUCCAACGACAUGGUGGCUGACCUCAAGAAGCAGCUGGAAUCGGAACUUUACGAGAAGGCCAAGCUGCAGGAGCAAGUUGGAUCGCUGGAAAGGGAUCUGGAUAAUGCGGCUGAGGCUGGCCUGGAGCUGAAUAAAAUGCUGUCGGAAGUGCUGAGCAGUCAGAAUGGCGAUGAGGCUUUUAUGAACACCGUUGAUGAACUGCAGCGUCAGCUUAAUGAUCAAGAAAAAAUCAUUAUCGAGAUCAACUCUAGUCUAGCGGAGAAGAGUCGCGAAAACAGCGAACUUCAAUAUUCCUUCACGGAGGCCACAGCGCGCCUCACCAGCGAACUCAAGGCCCUGCAAGAGGACAACUACGAGUUGGAUAUGGAAAAGUCAAAGCUGCAAUCACGUCUUGAAGAAAUCCAGGCCGAGACGGAGUUAGAGUUGGCCAAGGCCCUGGAGGCACGCAAUUACGAAAUGCAGAAGCUGCAGAACCAAAUUCUCGAUUUGACCGCCAAGUGGGAGCGGGAACACGGCGAUCUCCAGACCAGUAUGGCGAAGAUCGAAGCUCUCGAAGACUGCUUAAAGGCAGUGAAGAAGGAUGCCAACCUCAAUAUCCAGGAGCUGAUCACAUCAGCCAAGACGCGCGGGGAACUAAAGGCAGCCCAUAAAAAGUUCGUUGAGCUGCAGGCGAAGGUGGAGCAGGAAGUGGCCCACAAGCAGCGGCUGGAGAGCCAGCUGCAGCAGUCAAGUUCAGAUGUAGAGCAGCUGAAGCAGGACUUCAACCAAUCAGAGCGCGACAAGCUGGAAGCCCAGACGCGACUCGAAGUCCUAUCGGGCUACUUCCGCGAGAAGGAGAACGAACUUAAGAAAGAACUGAGUCUGCAGGAAACCAAAUGGCUGCAGCAUCAGGGGGAGAAUGCCAGCACUGUGGAGACCCAGACGCUGAUGAAGAAUGAAAUUCAAACUCUCAAAUCUCAGAAUGACGAGCUCCGUGCCGAGAUCGAGGCCCAAAUAGCCUCGCAUAAGGCCCAGAUGGGCACGCUGGAGAAUCGCGCUCAUGAGUCCUGGCUGGCGGCGCGCCAGUCGGAGCGCCGAUGCGAAGAGGCGCUGGCCGAGGCCGCCGGCCUGAGGCGUAAGCUGACCACCAUGGCCAGCGGAGGAGGCGUUGCCGGAGAUGCAGGCGUCAUGGAGGCCAUCGUUGCCAACGGAGCGCCUGUGCUGGGGGCGGAACUAAAGACGGCUCCGUCGCCGCUUCCCUUGCCGGGUUCACCACUGCUGAACAUGCCAAAUCCACUGCCAUUCCUGGCGGCACCCUUCUCUCCGUUUAUGGGUCUGCCGCCGCCAUUCCUGCCGCCCACUGGAGCGGGCGGGGCACGUCCUCCGCCCCUGGGACGCAUGCGUUCCCCGCCGCCAUCGAGUCGUGGCGAUCGGGAUCGGGACCGGUACUCGGACUACAGCGAUUACGAUGACUACGACGACGAUGAAGAGGACGAGAGGGGCAUGGACCAUCGCCGCAGGCACAGCGGUAGCUGGGGUCGCCGUCAUCGCGACUCCUACAACCACUCGCCGCGCACAUAUCGCUCGCUGUCCCCGUCGGACAGUCGCUACAAUUACAACGAUACGGAGACGGACUUUAGUCCACCGCCGAGUCCGCCGCCAAUUUCGUCGGGACGAAGCGCGAACUCGCGUCCCUAUAGCGAGGUAUGAGGGAAGGGGUGUUCCCGUGUAACCAAGUCCUACCAAGUAUAUUAGACUCAAAACUAGUUCAAAUAUAUUUAUUAAUCAUGAUUAUCGAAAGGUCGGGUCAGGGCGGGUCGGGUCGGCCUAUCAAAUCGAUUCCACUAACAGGGAUCUCAGGAGCAUCCAUCAACAUCAACGACUAAGAAAACUCCUGACUGAAUGGUGAUUGAUAUCCAAGAAAAUUCAAAGAAAUUAAACAUAAUUACAAAAACCCAA